AACCAGGUCAUAAUGGCUGGAGCUCUGAAGGGCUCAGGUCCCCUGAGCCAGGAGAAGAGGAGGAAGUCCAAGGAAAGAUGGCUGGCAGUCACCCCUACUUCAACCUGCCUGACUUCACCCAGCCAUCACCGCCUUCCACUCCACCCAACCUCCCCCCAAGCCAACGCUGCCGCCCCUCUGAUGCCACCAAGGGCCUGCUCGUGGCCCUGCUAGGUGGGGGUCUGCCUGCUGGCUUCGUGGGACCCUUCUCCCGUAUGGCUUACCAGGCUUCCCAUUUGCCCUCACUGGAGCUACUCAUCUGUAGGUGCCUCUUCCACCUCCCCAUUGCUCUGCUACUUAAACUGCGUGGUGACCCACUGUUGGGACCUUCUGAUGUCCGGGGCCGGGCCUGCCUCCACGCCAUACUCAACGUUCUCAGCAUUGGAUGUGCCUACAGUGCAGUGCAGGUGGUGCCAGCUGGCAAUGCUGCCACUGUUCGCAAAGGUUCUUCCACUGUCUGCUCUGCUCUCCUUGCCCUCUGCCUGGAGAGCCAGGGUCUCAGUGGCUAUGACUGGUGUGGAUUGUUGGGCAGCACCCUGGGACUAAUCAUCAUUGUGGGACCUGGCCUAGGAACACUGCAGGAGGGGACCACAGGCCUUUACACUGCCAUGGGUUAUGUGCUGGCUUUCCUGGGGGGCCUGGCACUAUCACUGGGGCUUCUAGUAUAUCGCUCACUGCACUUCCCCUCCUGUCUACCGACAGUGGCCUUCUUGUUUGGCCUGGUUGGACUGGUGGGCUCUGUGCCAGGCCUCUUUGUGUUGCAGACCCCCGUCCUGCCCAAUGACCCCUUGAGUUGGAGCUGUGUGGGGGCAGUGGGGAUCCUUGCCCUCGUCUCUUUUGUGUGUGUGAGCUAUGCAGUCACUAAGGCCCACCCUGCGCUGGUGUGUGCUGUCCUGCACUCUGAAGUGGUGGUGGCCCUGAUGCUGCAAUAUUAUGUACUCUAUGAGACAGUGGCACCUUCUGACAUCAUGGGGGCAGGAGUUGUGUUGGGCAGCAUCGCCAUCAUCACUGCCCAGAACCUCAGCUGUGAGAAGGAGGAGAAGAAAGAGGAGGAAUAAGAUCGAAUUUGAGUGCCUGGGGGUGGGGUGGGGGGCAGGG